GCGCAGGACGCUACGGAAACCGGAGGAUGCGGACAAAGACUCCACUUGUCGGCAAAAAGUGUCUCUAAACAAGUUUUAUCCACGAUAUAACGAUAAAGGAUCCAGACAGACGGCACGGUGCUAAACAAAAAGUUCUGUCACCAUGGAUACUGCUCUGGGUAACCUCCAGAGCUUAUAUGAAAAGCUCCUCACUCAGGUGGAUGUGCUGAAUGAGAGCAUCGAGCCCAGCUUCAUUCAAAUGGCCCUAAACUUCGAUGAUUGCCGUCGUAAGUGGCUGAGGGCUGAGCAGGAGCUUGGGUCGUUCAAAGAGAUGCUAACCAAAACUGAAACUGAGAGAGGAGCACUGGAGGUCAAAUUGAAACACGCCCGGAACCAGGUGGAUGUGGAGAUUCGUCGCAGACAAAAGGCUGAAUCUGACUGUGAGAAAUUGGAUCGCCAAAUGCAGUUGAUCCGAGAACUUCUUAUCAGUGAAGGUUCCUCCAGUAUCCAGCUCAGUGCAGAACAGCGUUCAGCUUUGGCCUUCCUCAACACCAACAACCAGGCAGCAUCUAAUAUCAAUACAAGUCGCAGGCUCCAGACGAUAGAUGAAUCGGCCUCCAUCUUAUCAGACAUUAGCUAUGACAAAACAGAUGAUUCUCUGGACUGGGACGCUUCUGCCGUGAGAACAGUGAGGCUCAAAAAGAGAGAGAAACGUCGCUCCUCCAGACAUCACAUUGAUGGGCCUCCAAAUGCCUCAAAGCGGUCUCGAUCAACAGGAAAAGGAGUGGGAAAUGAAACCCUGGUAACAAAGACCACUGUGGUGGUUCCAGCCAAUGGAGGACCAGUUGAGGCUGUUUCCACCAUUGAGACUGUGCCUUACUGGACACGCAGUCGCAGAAGGACUGCUGUAAUGGAGUGGGAUUCUGAAUCUGUCAAAUCUGAGGAUGUAUUUAAGCACCCGAGCCUCCCUGAGGGGGAGAUGAAGACUCACCCCAGCACUCCCCAGAACAACGGAGGUGUGCGCCUCCAUGAGUUUGUCUCCAAAACUGUGAUCAAACCUGAGUCAUGUGUUCCGUGUGGAAAGAGGAUCAAAUUUGGGAAGAUCUCGCUAAAGUGUCGUGACUGCAGAGUGGUGUCUCACCCCGAGUGUCGCGACCGCUGCCCUCUGCCCUGUAUCCCCACUCUUCCGGCCACGCCCGUCAAGAUUGGAGAGGGGGUCCUGGCUGACUAUGUUCCAGAGACAUCCCCCAUGAUCCCGCCUCUUGUUGUUCACUGCAUCAGUGAAAUUGAGCAGAGAGGGCUGCAUGAGCCUGGCCUGUACCGCGUGUCUGGUGCUGACCGCACAGUGAAGGAGCUGAAAGAGAAGUUUCUCAGAAGCAAAACUGUGCCGGUCUUGAGUAAAGUGGAUGAUAUUCAUGCCAUCACCGGUCUGCUCAAGGACUUCCUCCGAAACCUGAAGGAACCUCUGCUCACCUUCCGCCUCAACCAGCCCUUCAUGGAUGCUGCCGAGGUUUCUGAUGAUGACAACAGCAUUGCUCUGAUAUACCAAACUAUCAGCGACCUGCCGCAGCCAAACAGGGACACUCUGGCUUUUCUGGUGCUUCACCUUCAAAGAGUGGCUGACAGUGAAGAAACCCGGAUGGACAUCAGUAACUUGGCUCGAGUCUUCGGCCCGACGAUCGUGGGCCACGCUGUUCCAAACCCAGAGCCCAUGACCAUCCUGCAGGAUACUAAGAGACAGCCUAAGGUUGUGGAGCGUCUGUUGUCUCUGCCCGUCAACUACUGGGCCCAGUUUGUGAUGGCGGAAAAUGGACAGCCAAAUCUGGACCACCUGAUUAUUGAGAAUGCAAACUGCUAUGCCACUCCUGAGAGAGUGAGUAUGUUGGGGCCUCUGACCACUCCAGAACAUCAGCUCACUAAAACCCCUUCCUCCAGCUCCCUAACUCAGCGCAUGCGCACACUCACUCCAAGAUUUGGAAGUAAAAGCAAGUCUGCUGUCGGCCUUCCUCGUCAAGGGAAAUUCUUUGCUUCUCCUCUUCUGAAAUAGAUCGGUCCAUUCUAAUUCUUUGUACAGCAAUAACCUGCUAAACAUUUACUCAUACUCAUUUAACCUGUUGUAAUAUAUUAUCUGUCUCAAAUUGUGCUUUCUAAGGUGAGCGUCACAUUUAUAUAUAUUUUUUUCUUUUGGAGAUAAUCUAUGCACCACUUUGAUACUACGGCUUGAUUGUCAUUUUCAGUCUUAAGAUACAACUUUGUGCAUGGACUUGGGUUAUUUUAAAGGGACCUGCUCAUAUCUGUAACAUUUCACAUCUGCUUCAGCCCAUGUGUCACUCAGAGGUUGAAAUGAUUUAGGUUUAAAGAAAUGUGUGUUGUGUUUGAAGUUUUUUUUUGUUUUUUGUUUGUAUUUAAUGUGUUCUGGUAAAUACACCAGCUCCUGAUCAACUGUACAUCUGUAAAACCUAAGUUACAGUGUGCUGUCAGAAAUACUAAUGAUUUAUAGUAUUGAUUGACUAUAAUCAGUCUUUUACUCAUACUAAUUACUUGGGAGCAUUUUUAAAGCAAAAUUGUACCUUUUACUAAUUUGUGUAAAUUAUAAAAUACAGUGUAUUCUGUCAGUUUUUUUUAUUUUAAUGGGUAUCUGAUGGGUCAAACCAGACAAUAUUUGCUAUUCUUGUCAUGGCACUCUCAGCGGCUUUGCCAGGAUUCCUAUAUCAAUUAAUGGUGGUUUUGUUUAUAAAAAAUAAUUCAAGCAUGAGAUCUAUAAGUUGAGCUUGCUCAGUCUCAACAAUUAUUCCAUUAUUUUGAAUAUCCAUUCAUAUGACUUUACCUUUCAUGGCACCAAACACUGUAGGCAUAUCUAUGUGUUUCAGUAAUGAGAAAUAGGACUGUUGACAUAGCAAUUAAGUAUUUUUUUUUUAAUGGGAAGAGUCCUCAAAACAGGAAGCUGAAACCCAUUAAUAGAAUCUAGAUGUUCUCAAAGUAAUAUGCAUUGAUCUUCACAAAAAAAUAUGAGAGAAACUGCAGGGUAAUGGGUCUGUUAGUCUGUUAAAUUGCCUGCACGAGCUUAAUGGAAAAAAUGGAUAAAUAGGGAAUAGUACUUGUGUCACUGCAAAGUAACCAUAUUGAAUCCAAGCAAUUAAAAAAAUGUAAAC